AUGGUUUUCUCUUCCUCAUUUUCAUUCUUUCUUUGGCUUCUCAUUUUAUCAUCAACAUUUUCUCUAGUUUUAGGGAACAAAGCAUUUAUAGGAACAUAUGGAGUAAAUUAUGGAAGAGUAGCGGAUAAUUUACCUCCCCCUGAAAGUGUGGUUACACUUCUCAAAGCAGCAAAAAUAAGAAACGUAAGAGUCUAUGAUGUUAAUCCUCAAGUCCUAAGUGCUUUCAAAGGAUCUGGGAUAUGUCUAAGUGUUUGUCUUCCUAACGAACUCUUAACCGACAUCGGUGUCGGCGAAGACCGCGCCAUGAAUUGGAUCAAAGACAAUGUCCAACCCUAUCUUCCAGGCACAAAAAUCUGUGGCAUUGCCAUAGGAAAUGAAAUUCUAGGAGGAGGAAGUGUUGAGCUUUGGGAAGCUUUACUUCCAGCAGCAAAAAACAUUUAUAGUGCACUUGAUAGACUUGGUUUAGCACAUCAAAUCGAAGUUUCGAGUCCGCAUUCAGAAGCUGUAUUUGCAAAUUCAUAUCCUCCAUCUUCAUGCACAUUUAGGGAUGAUAUAAUACCUUACAUGAAGCCACUUUUACAAUUUUUUUCACAAAUUGGAACACCUUUUUAUAUAAAUGCGUACCCUUUUUUGGCAUAUAAAAAUGACCCUUCACAUAUUGAUAUAAACUAUGCUUUGAUGAAGAAGAAUCAUGGAAUUUAUGAUGCUAAGAGUAAACUACAUUAUGAUAACAUGCUUGAUGCACAAAUUGAUGCUUCUUAUUUUGCAUUGGAGAAAUUUGGGUUUGAUAAAAUGGAAGUUAUUGUUAGUGAAACUGGUUGGGCUUCAAAGGGUGAUGAUAAUGAAGCUGGAGCAAAUGUGAAAAAUGCAAGGACUUAUAAUAAGAAUUUGAGAAAGAAGUUAUUGAAGAGAAAAGGAACACCUCAUAGGCCUAAAAUGUUGGUUAGAGCUUAUAUAUUUGCUCUGUUUAAUGAGAAUUUGAAACCUGGGCCAACAUCAGAAAGAAAUUUUGGAUUGUUUAAACAUGAUGGAAGUAUUGCUUAUGAUAUUGGAUUUACUGGGCUUGUUCCUUCCUCAGCAACAUCAUCUUUCCUAUCCUUCAAGGAUAUUGGGUCUUCAUAUGUGAUGGUUUCUUCAAGUUGUAUGGCAAUUCUUCUUCUUUUAGCAUUGUAA